GUUAAAAGCAAAUAAUUUCAUUUAUAGGGCAUUGUUUGCUGGUACUGUCGAUGCUAUUCUGUCUCUGCCAUUUGAAAUGUUAUCAACAGAAAACAUUACCUCCGAUAUAUUCCAAGGAUGUUUUGUUGUGACAUGCACUCUGUUUGCUUUCGCUGGAUUAGUUUGGUUAAGGGAGCAGAUAUUACAUGGUGGUGGACCAGAUUGGCUGCAAAGAGAAAAUGUGAUACAAGAAGAGCUUCCACGUCUGUUGGAGAAUAUUCCAGAGGAAUUGGCUGAUGAUGUAGAAGAGAAUGGACAAGCCCCAGAAAUAGGUCCAAUAGUGCCAAACAAUCAAGAACAACAAGAAGAAGCAGACAUCAAUGUUGGAGAAGAUAACUGGAUACCAAUGGAAUGGGAUAGGGCAGCAGAAGAAAUAACUUGGGAACGUCUCUUGGGUCUAGACGGUUCUUUGAUGUUUCUAGAGCAUGUUUUCUGGGUUAUAUCCCUUAACACAUUAUUUAUUUUGAUAUUUGCUUAUUUGCCAUAUCACAUGGGUGUUUUGACUCUUUCCCUCUUUAACAUCAGUGAUGCAGCUGCAAAAAGUCAUUUCGAAGGAUUACUUACAACUCUAAUAGGUUAUUGUACCGUCGGUAUUUGGUUUAUAGUAUUGCAUAGAAUAGCAGCUUGUAUGGGCUUUAAUAAGGCAAAGAGGGUUCUUGGUUUAUGCUAUGUCGUUGUUAAAGUUUCAAUGCUCAGUGUGGUGGAGAUCGGUAUAAUACCAUUAGUAUGUGGAUGGUGGUUGGAUAUUUGUUCUCUAGCAAUGUUCGAUGCAUCUCUCAAAGACAGAGAAAACACCUUUAAUUCCGCCCCGGGUACUUCCAUAUUUAUUCACUGGCUAAUAGGGAUGGUUUAUGUGUAUUACUUCGCAUCAUUUGUUCUACUAUUGAGAGAAAUCUUGAGACCAGGCGUUUUGUGGUUUUUAAGGAAUUUCAACGAUCCUGAUUUCAGUCCCAUUCAAGAAAUGAUUCACUUACCUAUUUUAGACCAUAUCCGUAAAUUGCUUGUGUCCGCUGUCAUUUUUGGAAGUGCCGUUUUGUUGAUGUUGUGGUUACCAAUAAGAAUUCUUAAGGUGCUGCUACCGUCAUUUUUACCAUAUACCGUUUCCUUAAAUAAUAACGACACACAAGUAAAUGAAUUAUCCCUAGAAUUGUUGUUAUUACAAGUUAUAUUACCCGCUUUGUUGGAACAAUCACACACUAGAAUAUGGUUGAAAGGUUUGGUUCGCAAUUGGUGCCGUCUUGUAGCUUGGCUUUUGAAUAUACAUUCAUAUUUAUUAGGUGACAAUGAUAAAAAAGAGAAUCAAGAGGAGGAUCAGAAUGAUGCUGACCAGCAGCCAAAUCAACCUGAAGUUGGUGCAGGGUUAGGGGCGGUCCAUCAAGCUCUUCUUAUGAUGGAACCUCCCACGGGAUUUCAACCCUACGUACGUCCGUCUUUUUUCAUAACAAGACUAGUAGGCCUACUGAUUAGCAUCUGCGUGUCAUUAGUACUAUCUAGUCUGGUAGCACUGACAGUUCCAGUCUGGCUAGGCAGAAGUGUAAUGUCUCUUUGGCUCGUCGGAGCUCCUCCUCCAGCUCCCCAGAUCUCCACCACUGAUGCACAAACAGAAGUUAAAGUACAUGAACUGUACACAGCUGCUUGCGGGUUGUACAUGUGUUGGUUAACUGCAAGAGCCUUAAGUUUAGUUCUUGGUUGGUUACCACAAGGUAGAGCAGCCAUGGUAGAAAGACUUAAGCAAUGGUGUAUUCUAGGAUUAAAGACUAUUUUAGCUAGUACUAUUUUACUAGGGGUUAUACCACUUCUAUUUGGAUUGCUCUUAGAACUAGUUGUUAUUAUACCUCUCAGGGUACCCAUUUAUCAGACUCCCAUUUUAUUUAUUUGGCAAGAUUGGGCAUUGGGCGUGUUAUAUACAAAAAUAGCUUGUGCGAUUACUAUGAUGGGGCCAGACUGGUUCUUGAGAGCGGCCAUCGAAAGGGUUUAUCGUGACGGUAUUCGCGAAAUGAACUUAACUUUCGUUUUCAAAGAACUUGCGGCCCCGGUUAUAGUUAGUUUCGGUCUUGCUCUGGCAGUGCCGUAUGCCAUUGCUUAUUCUCUUGUUCCCAUAUUUAUAACGAACUUACAGCUGAGAAAUUUUAUAGCCAGGCGGCUCUAUCCGUUUUUGCUAUUGCUUUCUAUCAUAGCCGUUGUGAUCAAUCUACAAGUAAGACAGUUCAGGAAGUUGUAUGAGCACAUCAAAAACGAUAAGUAUCUGGUUGGACAGAGAUUGGUGAAUUACGAUCAUAAGAAAAAGGCUCAAAAUACUGGUUGAAAUUCUAUCUCAAGAAAUACAUAAUCAAGUUAUCAAAUUAUAAUAGACGGAGAGCUAGAGCAGAAAAAAUCAUCGUCAUAAGUAAUAUGGAGUUUUUCCUGUGAAAUGUGUCCAUUGUAUAUUGACAAUUAUGACCCCUUUCAGGCUGACACCUGAGUGGAUACAGGAAGUAGCAAUAAGGGAUGAAAGGGGAAAGUUAGUGCAGUCAUUAAAGGUUUUCACCUCCUAUUUUGUUAAACCUCCAUCGAUUUGCAUGAAAAUUGGUGACUAGUUAGAGCUUAUAUCAAGAAACAAAACUGAUUUGGUGCCAACUUGCACUUUUAUCCUGGUGGUGGAUACCCCUUCCCGCGGGUGAAAACUAUUUUAUUAAAAAUAACCCCACAAAUCGAUAGAGGGACAAAUUUUAAGUAAAAUUUGUUAUAUCAUGUUAUUAAAAUAAAUCAAUACUUUUUGAGUUAUCAAAGAUCAAAGAUUUGUCUAUUUAGGAGCACAUGCGUGAAGUUAUGGAUGAUAAAAAGAACAUAUUAAUGAAUUGUAUGUUAGUAAAAUAUUAUUUUUAUAUUAUUUCGAUAUUUAUUCGAAUUUUUUCUAUCAAUAUAAACUGAAUAUGUCCAGACAUUGGGGGUGUCCAAUAAUGGGUACAUUUGACAGUCGAAUACACUUUUGCUAAAUUUAUAAUAUCAGAAUAAUAUAAAAAUAAUAUUUUACUAUAUAUAUAUAAAUCCCGUUCACAGCGUAAUACGCCUUUGGGUUCCCGUUCGCCAAGCCUGUCUAUUCUGCCAGUCUUCUUCAGAUAGAUUUCUUGCUGACAUUGCUUUUGAGAUUCCUUGGAUCCAUGUUGUUGGUGGUCGUCCUCGUUUUCUUUUCUCUGGUGGUACCCAUUCUAAUAUCUUUUUGGGUAGUCUUUCUUCCCCCAUACGUCUAACAUGUCCGUACCAUAUUAGUUGUUGUUUUUCGAUGUCUUCUAUAAUUGAUCUUUGUACUUUCAUUUGUCUCCUGAUGUCCUCAUUUUUCACAUGUUCUAAUCUAGACUUUCCCUCUGCUCUCCUCCAAAAAUCCAUUUCAACUGCCAAUAGGUUACCUUUAAGUUUUUGUGAUAACUGCCACACUUCUGAGCCAUAGACGAUUACUGGUUUUAAUAUGGUAUUAUAUAUUCGUUUUUUCGUUUCCGGUCUUAUAUUUUUUUGCCAUAAUACUGAAUUCAACGCACCUAUAACUUGUUUUCCUUUGGUUAUUCUGUCUUUUAUGGCUUCAUCACUUCGUCCUGUCUUUGUCAGUUUUACCCCCAAAUAUGUACAUUGGUCACAUUUCUUAAUAGUUUCAUCUUCUAAGUCGAGGUCAUCUGGAUUAUUUAUCUGGAUAUUUUACUAACAUACAAUUAAUUACUAUGUUCUUUUUGUCAUCCGUAACUUCACGCAUGUGCUCUUUGAUCGAAAGAGCUUUGAACGAAAAAUUCAAAUCUUUGAUCUUUAAUAACUCAAAAAGUAUCGAUUUAUUUUAAUAACAUGAUAUAACAAAUUUUACUUAUAAUUUGUCCCUCUAUCGAUUUGUGGGGUUAUUUUUAAUAAAAUAGUUUUCAUCCCCGAGAAUGGGUGGUAUCCACCCCCAGGGUAAAAGUGCAAGUUGGCACCAAAUCAUUUUUAUUUCCUGAGGUAUGUUCUAACUAGUCACCAAUUUUCCUAAUUGGCUACAGAAAGUUCAAAGACUACACUAACUUUCCCCUUUCAUCCCUUAUUGCUACUUCUUGUAUCCACUGAGGUGUCAGCCUGAAAGGGAUCAUAAUAAUCAAUAAACAAUAGACAUAUUUCACAGGCCAAACUCCAUAUUACUUAUGACGAUGAUUUUUCGGCUCUAGCUCUUAGACUAUAAACUCUUAAGCGAUUGUAAUGUUUUUAUUUGCUGUUUGGCUAAAUUGUAUGUGAUAUAAGUAAAUAUUUUUUACGGUUAACAGUGUUAAAUCUAAUUGAAACGGAUUUGUUUAUAUUAUAUAUUUGUUUAUAUUAUCUAUUGAUUUCCUGUUGUACCUUAUUUAUGCUACUGGACAUAUCUGAACUGGUAGAGACGAUUUUAGUUUUGUUUUUAUGUGGUAUUACAUAUUUAUUAAUAAAAAUCAAUAAAUAUUUAUGUAUAUACUUUUAUUGUA